AUGAACGUUUUAAUUUAUUGGAAUGAUAACAAAUUAUUAUAUCCAACUUUAUAUCAAAUAGCAAAGCGUGUUUUAUCAAUACCAGCAACAAACACAUCAAUCGAAAGGCUUUUUUCAGAUAGUGGAAAUACAAUUACCAAUCGUCGUACACGUUUACAAACAAGUAAAGUAAACCAAUUAUUAUUCAUUCGCCGAAAUGUAUCAUUAUUAAGAGAAUUAUUUCCACCAUCUAUUGAACAAGUGAAAAAGAGAAAAAAUAGUAGUACAUCAGUUACACCGAUGAAAAGAAGAAAAUAUUCAAUAGAUAAACAUGUCGAUAUUGAUUUAUCACAAGAAUAUGAUGAUAUGGAUGCACCUGAAGAAGAUUAUAUUGAUGAUGUGUCAUUUGAACAUGGGAUUAAUCGAAUGUCACAAGAAGAUGAUGCGGAUCAUGAAUUCCAAUAUAAUCUUGAUGAUAAUUUAGAUGGCAAUUAUGAAGAAGGAAGUUAUGUGAUCAAUGAUUGA